UCUGGCCCGAAGCAUCCUCAUCCUUUUGCAAGAUUUGCUUGACAAUACCAAUCUCUCCUUCAUUGGCUCAGCCAAAAAUGAUGGAGUCAUCCGCAAAAAAGAGGUGACUAAUUGACGGAGCAGUGCUACAAAGUUGGGUGUAAGCUAGAUAAAGUCUCUGCACAAAAGAGAAAGAGAUAAAGGUGAGAGCGGAUCCCCUUAACAGAGACCGCCGCGCUCGUGCAUGAAAGGAAAACCAGGCACACCAUUAAUCAAUCAGCACUUAAAAAGAGACAAUAAUCACAUAAUUAACUCAACAAUCCCAUAUGCAACAUAGUAUUUCCAAGGAAGCCCCAUUUAAUAAUCGUAUGGUAAGCCUUGACCAUGUCCAACCUAAAACCAAAUACCCCUUUACUUCUAGCUUUCUUAUGCUGAUGAAAUAAAAUAUAAAAAUCAAAGAAAGUGGAAAAUUUCGAGAAUAUUUCCAAUUGGGACUAAAAGCAUGUGAUAAGGAUAAGUGGAGUGGCUUAAUUUUUUGCCAAAUUAAACGAAUCGAAUUUGGAAUAUUUGUAAGCAUGUGAUUAGUUUGGGAUGAAGUGGUUUAUAAAAGAAAGAAUGGUUUUGGGUUUGGGUUGUAUUGUGUUGUGAUGGACAAACUAGUCCAAGUCUCCGACCAGGAGAUCCUCAUCGACUUCUCCCUGGGCUGCAAAUGCCGCACCACCAUCCGCCUCAAGUCCCUCAUCUCCACCGCCCCACUAGCUUUCAAGGUCCAGACCUCCUCCCCUCACAAAUUCCUCGUCAAUCCCCCCACCGGCCUCGUCCCCCCGCUCUCCUCCGCCUCCUUCCAGAUCGUCCUCAAGCCCCAGCCCCACCUCCCCUCUUCCUUCCCCCGCUCCCCCUCCGACCGUUUCCUCCUCAAAACCGCCGCCGCACCCGACCUCCCCGACUCCACUCACUCCGACCUCGUCAACCACUGGUUCGCCUCCUUCCCUCCCCGCCCCACCCACGACGUCAAGCUCAAGGUCUACUUCGUCGGCCCCUUCCUCCUCGCCCACGCCGUCGCCGCCGGGGACUUCGAAGCGGUCAGGGGAAUCGUCAAGCGGCAGCGCUCGCUGGUCCCCGAGUUGCCGCUGCGGGAGGCUGAGUCGCUGUACCGAGUCGCGGCUCAGCACCCCGACAUCGCGGGCCUGCUCUUGGAGGCGGGGCUCAGAAUCGACGUCGUGCGCGGGGGUGUGAGCGAUGACGUCAGGUGGGCGGCCAAGGGGUGGGCGGGAUUGCACGUGGCGGCGGCGUUUGAUCGGGCGGAGGAGGUUGAGCAGCUGGUGAAGGAUGGGGUGGAGUGCAGGGAUAAGGAGGGGCGGACGCCGCUGCUUCUGGCGGCGGGCAAAGGGCAUCUGCGGACUGCCAAGGUGUUGGUGGCCGCCGGUGCCAACGUGGACGCCAGGAGCAAGGACGGCCGGACGGCUUUGUAUAGAGCGGCGGCCGUCGGGGAUCGGCCCAUGGUGGAGAUGCUGCUGCGGGCUGGCGCUGACCCCACUAUUGGUGAUGUCGAUCACUGCCGUUCCGCCAUUGGUGUCGCACGAGAUAAGGGCCAUAUGGACAUAGUUAAAGUACUAGAGCAAGGCGAAGCAGUGCUUCAUGCAGCUAGACGUGGGGAGCUCGAAGUACUGGAAUCGCUGCUGGAGAAAGGAGCAAAUAUGAACUUCUGUGAUCAAUACGGUUUGACAGCACUCCAUGUGGCCGCCAUUAAAGGAAACAAAGACGCGGUGAUGAUGCUUGUUGAGUUUGGUGCCAGUGUAGAGUGGCAGGAUGCUGAAGGUCACACUCCGCUGCAUUUGGCUGUUGAAGGUGGGAGCUUUGAGACCGUUGAAGUUCUUAUAUGCAGAGGAGCUAAUGUGAAUGCCACGACGACCAAAGGCGCAACCCCGCUCUACAUUUCAAAGUUGAUGGAGUACGAGGACAUAACGAAGCUUCUCCUCGAUAAGGGAGCUGCUGCGCCCCUCAACCAACUCCCUUAAUACGUGAGUCGCUGUAGGUUUCAAGCCGGCUGUUGCUGUCGUUGUUCCCCUCUUGGUUUCAUUAUCGCGUCGCAGUAGCUUGAUGGCGCUCCUUGUGGUUGAGUUCUGAAUCUAUGUAGAGUUUUGUGACAUAGCAGUAGUUUUUGGUCUGAGAUGAAAUUGUUUAAAAACUUAGUAUAGGUGUAGGUUUUGUAGUCAUCUCGGAGAAAACAUUUGUACAUGUUCUUUUUGGAAUUAAAUUUGCAGCUGUAUCCGUCGUUAUACUAUGCUGAAAUGGAUUGUCAAAGCACUCUA